AUGUUUCCUCCAGCUCCUCUUGAAACCAUUGACUGGAACCGCCUUGGCUUGUCCAUCCAGGACAAUGUCAAUGGUCACGUUGAGUCUACAUAUUCGGUCGCUACUGGCGAGUGGAGUGCCCCUAGAUUCAUUCAAGACCCAUACAUCAAGAUUCACGGUCUCGCUCCUGCACUCAACUACGGCCAGCAAGCCUACGAGGGACUGAAGGCACACCGCGGUCCGGAUGGAAAUAUUCUUUUGUUCCGUCCUACUGCACAUGCCGACCGCCUCGCCGUGAGCGCAAGUUACGUCUCUAUCCCCGAGAUCCCACAAGACCACUUCAUGAAAUGCGUGAAAUUGGCCUGUGCACGAAACGCAGAAUGGGUUGCUCCUCACAGCAGUGAGGCUCUGAUGUAUGUCAGACCGCUUGUCUUCGGUUCCAGUGGCCACCUUUCCUUAACCGCCCCGACCGAGUACACUUUCGCAGUUUACGUCCAGCCCGGAACCACCUACCAUGGUGUUCAGCCGCUCCCUGCCUGCGUGAUCGAGGACUUCGACCGCGCUGCUCCACGGGGAACUGGUGGUGCUAAGGUUGGGGGAAACUAUGCUCCUGUGAUCCGCCACACGGACAAGGCGCGCUCUCAGGGCUUUCAUGUUACGCUUCACUUAGAUGCUCAGACCCGGACGUGCAUUGAGGAGUUUUCGACUUCCGGAUUCAUUGGUAUCAAGAAGAAUGGCGACCAGGUUACCGUGGUUGUUCCGGAUAGCAAGAACAUUGUUCAGAGUAUUACUUCGGACAGUUGUCUUGCGCUUGCAAAGUCUUUUGGUUGGAAAGUCGAGAAACGCGAGAUCCCUUGGAGCGAGUGCAAGUUCAUGGAUGAGGUGAUUGCCGUUGGUACCGCUGCUUCCCUGCUGCCUAUUCGAUUACUCGCAAGACCUUCAACGGGGGAGAAGUUCGUGUUUGGGGAGACGACGGGUGAGUGCACUCUUCGGCUUGGCACUGCUCUCAGGAACAUCAUGAGGGGCAAGAUCGCGGACGAGUUUGGCUGGACUAUGACAGUCAAUGAGGAGGAUCUGCUCUUGGAACCCACGUCUGCUAAACCAAUCCCAGAGAUCUCGAAUGGGGUGAACCAUGAGCUGAAUGGCGUUGCACACGUUAACGGGAAUGGAAUUGCGGCUCCAGUUGAGGUUGAGGUUAAAGCAUAG